AACAACAAACCUCUUUCUAGAGAGUGAGAGCUCCACCACAACUACAAAACCAUGAUGGAAUUCAAAGAUUAAGACAUAACCAUCACUCUUGCCUACCUCCACUCGUCACCCAGAAUUCGCCGCCAUCCGCCGUUGCUCCGAUGGUUUCCGCCUCUUCUCCUCCACUUCCCAAGGAAGCUCCAUUGGAGGGAGAGUGGGAAGAAGAAGAAGAAGAACAAGGGCCACGACGGGAAGCAAAAUGGUGGUACUCGACGUUUCAUACAGUCACCGCCAUGGUCGGUGCCGGCGUUCUAAGUUUACCUUACGCUAUGGCCUACCUCGGAUGGGGUCCAGGUAUGGCAGUAAUGGUGAUUUCAUGGUGCAUGACGUUACACACAUUUUGGCUGUUGAUCCAACUCCAUGAAUCCACCACCGGAGUUCGUUUCGAUCGAUACAUCGAUCUAGCCAGACAUGCUUUCGGCCCGAAGCUAGGGCCAUGGAUAGUACUCCCACAACAGCUGAUAGUACAAGUCGGAGUGAACAUUGUGUACAUGGUCACCGGCGGAACUUGCCUCCAAAAGUUCAUGGAAAUGGUCUGCGACGACUGCACCCGGCUUAGACAUUCAUACUGGAUCGUCAUCUUCGGCUCCACACAUUUUCUCCUCUCUCAGCUCCCUAAUUUCAACUCCGUCUACGGCGUUUCACUCGCCGCCGCCGUUAUGUCACUAUGUUAUUCGACGAUAGCAUGGGCGGGUUGCCUGAGUAAAGGAAGACAACCAGACGUGAGCUACGAUUACAAGAAAACAAGCGGCGCUGAUUCGAUAUUUCGAGUUUUUAACGCGUUGGGUCAGAUUUCAUUUGCUUAUGCAGGGCAUGCGGUGGCGCUUGAAAUCCAGGCGACGAUACCUUCGACGCCGGGGAAGCCGUCGAAGGUGGCGAUGUGGAAAGGCGCGAUUGGGGCGUAUUUUGUGAACGCCAUUUGUUAUUUUCCGGUGGCGAUUAUUGGGUAUUGGGCGUUUGGUCAAGAUGUUACCGAUAACGUUCUGGUUGCGCUGCAAAAACCGUCGUGGCUCAUCGCCGCUGCUAAUUUGAUGGUAGUCGUUCAUGUUCUCGGCAGUUAUCAGGUAUUUGCAAUGCCAUUAUUUGCUUUAAUAGAAAAAGGAUUAACAAAGAAAUUCAAUGUUCCUUCUGGAGUGGCACUGAGACUUGUUGUUCGUACUUCUUAUGUUGCUUUCACGUUGUUCAUGGCUGUGACGUUUCCUUUCUUCGGCGAUCUUCUUGGAUUUUUCGGUGGAUUUGGCUUUGCUCCGACUUCUUAUUUCCUUCCAAGUAUAAUAUGGCUGAUACUGAAGAAACCCAAGAAGUUCACUACCCAAUGGAUAGUUAAUUGGGUGGGAAUAUUCAUCGGAGUGUUCAUAAUGCUAGCGUCAACCAUCGGUGGAUUCAGGAAUAUAAUUGCCGACUCUGCUUCUUACAAGUUUUAUCAGUAAAAAUUAAUUUAGUACUUUGAAGUAAUGUAUUUGUAUAAUGGUAGCAUGAUGAAUGAUGAUGUAUCUUUUCUUAUUGAUUCAAAAGUAACAACAUAUACAAAUUAUAUAGACAAAA